AUGGCUUGGCACUUGCCUAUGCAUCAAGCAACCACACUGAAAAUACGCACUGUGGAGCAGGAUGGAAAGACCAUUAAACUUCAAAUUUGGGACACUGCUGGACAAGAACGAUUUAGGACAAUCACUAGCAACUACUACCGUGGGGCUCAUGGCAUAAUUGUUGUUUAUGAUGUGACAGACCAAGAAAGCUUCAACAAUGUCAAGCAGUGGCUGAACGAAAUUGAUCGUUAUGCUAGUGAUAAUGUUAACAAACUACUGGUUGGAAACAAGUGUGAUCUUACUGAAAACAAAGUCGUGUCAUACGAGAUCGCUAAGGUUUAUGUUAUGUUUGGAUGUGAAAUAUAAACUAAUAUUUUGUUUAUGUGAUAUUACAUAUAAACUAAU